CUGAUUAGAUUAGAAUUCAGACCGAUUUGAGCAUCCAGUAUUUAUGGAGAUUCAUUUAGAGAAAAUGAAAACAUUCGUGUCCUCCUCCUCCCUCCUAUUUUGCCAUUCUCCGUCAUGCGCAAAGCCACGCCCUCUCUGCUGGACUUCCGCCUUGUAAUUUUAUCUUGGGAGUUGGGGCAAUGGAUCAGGUUAAAUUACAUUUUCUGAGGUGAAAGACGAACAUAAACGUGUUGAAAGGUUUUAUGCUCAGGCAGUGUCUGCUGAAGCUCUGCCCAGUAAACAUGAAUGUGAGGAAGGUGGUAAAGACUGUUCUCAGUGUGGAGCAAUCAGAAGGAGUCGGUGCUCGGGUCCGCAGGAGCAUUGGGAGGAGAGAACUGAAGAACCUGGAUCCUUUUCUCAUGCUGGAUGAGUUUAAAGUGAGCAAACCUGCAGGUUUUCCUGACCAUCCUCACAGAGGAUUUGAAACGGUCACAUAUGUUUUGGGGGGAAUCACAGCUCAUGAAGACUUCUGUGGUCAUUCAGGUUGUCUGAAGCCUGGAGAUCUGCAGUGGAUGACAGCAGGACGGGGGGUGGUUCAUGCUGAGAUGCCCGUGUCAGAGGAGCCAGUGGUGGGCCUGCAGCUGUGGGUGAACCUGCGGAAACAAGAAAAGAUGGUGGAACCAGCGUACCAGGAGCUUAAGGGCUCAGAGAUCCCCAAACCCAGCCAGGGAGGAAUUACAGUCGCUGUGAUUUCUGGAGAAGCUUUAGGAGCCAAGUCUAAGGUCUACACACGAACACCAACCUUGUACCUGGACUUCAAAAUGCAAACGGGGGCCGUGCACGUGCAGCCAGUCCCACUAGGAUGGACGGCCUUCAUCUACACCAUCUCAGGGACCAUUCAUGUUGGGCCAGAUCAGGAUGAGAAACCAGUGGAGCCUCAUCACACGGUGGUGUUUGGUGAUGGUGACUGUGUCAGGUUUGAAAACAAGGGCUCCGAGGUUUCCCAUUUUGUGCUGAUUGCUGGAGAACCCAUCAACGAGCCGGUGGUACAACAUGGUCCAUUUGUUAUGACCACUGAGGAGGAGAUCUGUCAGGCGAUCAACGACUACCAGAUGGGCAGAAACGGGUUUGAAAGAGCCAAAAACUGGAGGUCCAAAAUCCGAGAUUCUGUCUGAAGACCUCUAGAGUGAAAUGGUCGGUUAUUAUGCCAGCAUAUUUAUGGAUUUAUUUGUGGUUGCUGUGGUAGGGAUCAGGAUAAGAGUCCAGGCUUGAGUUAGGUUUACAGAUUAAUCAAAGUUAAGAUUUUCAGAAGCAAAAUUAGGUUUAAGACUUUGAUUUAUAUCAUAUCAAUAUCCGUUUAUUUAAGCAAUUUCUUGUUUGUUUAGAAUAAUUAAUCAUUUGUAAUCUUUGGGGUUGCUUUCCAUCCAUCCAUCCAUCCAUCCAUCCAUCCAUUUUCAUCCGCUUAUCCAGAGUCGGGUCGCGGGGGCAGUAGCCUAAGGCGAGAGGCCCAGAAUUCCCUCUCCCCAGCCACUUGGGCCAGCUCCUCCGGGGAAAUCCCAAGGUGUUCCCUGGCCAGGUGAGAGACAUAGUCCCUCCACGUGUCCUGGGUCUACCUUUAGGUCUCCUCCCGGUUGGACGUGCCCGGAAAACCUCACCAGGGAGGUGUCCAGGAGGCAUCCUGACCAGAUGCCCGAGCCACCUCAACUAGCUCCUCUCGAUGUGGAGGAGCAGCGGGUCUACUCCGAGCCCCUCCCGAAUGACCGAGCUUCUCACCCUAUCUCUAAGGGAGAGCCCAGCCACUCUUCAAAGAAAAUUCAUUUUGGCUGCUUGUAUCCGCGAUCUCGUUCUUUCGGCCACUACCCAAAGCUCAUGACCAUAGGUGAGGGUAGGAACGUAGAUCGACCGGUAAAUCGAGAGCUUCGCCUUCUGACUCAGCUCUCUCUUCACUACGACAGACCGGUACAACGCCCGCAUCACUGCAGAUGCAGCACCAAUCCACCUAUCGAUCUCAUGCUCCAGUUUUCCCUCACUCAUGAAAAAGACCCCGAGAUACUUAAACUCCUCCACUUGGGGCAGGACCUCAUCCCUGACCCGAAGAAGGCAUUCUACCCUUUUCCGAAUCAAGACCAUGGUCUCAGAUUUAGAGGAGCUGAUUCUCAUCCCAGCUGCUUCACACUCUGCUGCGAACCGCUCCAGCGAAAGCUGAAGAUCACGUUCUGAUGAAGCCAACAGGACCACAUCAUCUGCAAAAAGCAGAGACCUGAUCCUCAGGCCACCCAAAACGAAUGCCCUCCACACCUUGGCUGCGCCUAAAAAUCCUGUCCAUGAAGGUUAUGAACAGAAUCGGUGACAAAGGGCAGCCUUGGUGGAGUCCAACUCUCACAAGCCCGACUUACUGCCGGCAAUGCGGACCAAGCUCUGAUACCGGUCAUAUAGGGACCUAACAGCCCGUAUCAGAGGGCCUGGUACCCCAUACUCCUGGAGUACCCCCCACAGGGCCCCCGAGGGACACGGUCAAACGCCUUCUCCAAAUCCACAAAACACAUGUAGACUGGUUGGGCAAAUUCCCACGCACCCUCCAGGAUCCCCCUAAGGGUAUAGAGCUGGUCCAGUGGUCCACGGCCAGGACGAAAACCACAUUGCUCCUCCUGAAUUUGAGGUUCAACAAUCCGACGGACCCUCUUCUCCAGAACCCCUGAAUAGACCUUACCAGGAAGGCACAGGAGUGUGAUUCCCCCUGUAGUUGGAACACACCCUGCGGUCCCCCUUUUUAAAUGAGGGGACCACCACCCCGGUCUGCCAGUCCAGUGGGACCGCCCCGAUGUUCAAGUGAUAUUUUAGAGCCGCGUCAGCCAACACAGCCCCACAGCAUCCAGAGCCUUAAGGAACUCCGGGCGGAUCUCAUCCACCCCCAGAGCCUUGCCACAGAGGAGCUUUUUAACCACCUCAGUGACCUCAGCACCAGAGAUUUAAGAGGCCAACCCAAAGUCCCCAGACUCUGCUUCCUCACUAGAAGAUGUGUUAGUGGGUUUGAGGAGGUCUUCAAAGUAUUCUGCCCACUGAUCCACAAUGUCCUGAGUAGAGGUCAGCAGCACACCGUCCCCACUAUAGAUAGUGUUGGUAGCGCACUGCUUUCCCCCCCCCCCCCCGAGGCGCCAGAUGGUGGACCAGAAUCUCCUCAAAGCCGUACGGAAGUCUUGCUCCAUGGUCUCACCAAACUCCUCCCAUGCCCGGGUUUUUGCCUUGGCGACCACCCGAGGCGCGUUCCGCUUGGACUGCCGGUACCCAUCAGCUGUCUCUGGAGUCCCACAGGCCAAAAAGACCUGAUAGGACUCUUUCUUCAGCUUGACAGCAUCCCUAACCUCCGGAGUCCACCAGUGGUUUCAGGGGUUGCCACAACGACAGGCACCGACGAUCCUGCGACCACAGCUCCGGUCGGCCACCUCAACAAUGGAGGCACGGAACAGGGUCCAUUCAGACUCAAUGUCCCCCGCCUCCCCGGAACAUUUUGGAAGUUCUGUCGGAGGUGGGAAUUGAAGCCUUCUGAUAGGAGACUCUGCCAGUUGUUCCCAGCAGACCCUCGCGAUACGUUUGGGUCUGCCUGGUCUGACCGGCAUCCUCCCCCACCAUCUGACAGCUCCGCCCCUCUCUUCACCCGAGUGUCCAAGACAUGCGGCCACAGGUCAGAUGAACCAACAACAAAAUCGAUCAUCGAGCUGCGGCCUAAGGUAUUCUGGUGCCAAGAGCACAUAUGCACACCUUUAUGUUUGAAAAUGGUGUUCAUUAUGGACAAUCCAUGACUGGCACAGAAGUCCAAUAACAAAACACCACUCGAAUUCAGAUCAGGGGGGCCGUGGGGUUGCUUUUUCGUGAUUUAUUUAAACUCUAUACAUUCUCUUAAAGGAAUUAUUUAACAAUUUUAAAGUGAGUUUCUAUGUAUAUGUUUAUGUAAUUGACUCUUUUGUCCAAAGUGACUUACAGGUGAUAAUCAAGCCAGCAAGGUACCCUUGAGGCUAACGACAAACACUAUUCCGUUAAUCCUAGGUGGUAGUGAGGCAGUAUGAUCAAUCAUAGAGGCGAAGUGAACAUGGAGUGUGCAGUAGAGUGGGGGACGGGAGCUGGGAGGGUGAAGGUGCCCUCUGAAGAGCUGGGUCUUCAAGAGUUUCUUGAAUAUCACCAUGGAAGCCUACCUGCUGUAGAUGGUCUUAGGGCUUACAUCUGACAGGACGGGCAGACCAAACACAUUUCUAGAUGGCUGAAGUAUCCCAAAAUCCAUUAACCUCCUAUCAUUUAGUUUAUUGCCACCAGAUGGCAGUCUUACAAACAAAUCUAUUCAUUAUGCUGCACAUAAAAAAGGUGCAGUCUCUUGAAGUGUAUGACUUUGUUGUAGAUCAAACACAAUGGUUGCCUUGUGUAAUAAUCUCUGCUCUAAACCAGCAGUUUAUAAUCUGAAAUCUACAGAUUAGCCAGCUCUGUGUGGCUUGAACCACCAUUACUGGAGGUUUUUAUUCUGAAUGGAGGAGGUUUUUAUUCUGAAUGGGUAAAAGCUGUCUUGGCAGAUUUACUAAGUGACUUUACGUGAUUAUUGGUCACAUCAAUGACUAUUUUUGAACUAACUGAAAAUACACCUGUGUUCUUUUAUCUUUCAGUUUAUUGUUGAAAUGACCAAAGAAACAGCAGCUAUGUUUAAUCUGAGCCGUCUCUCACGAAUAACACUAUACGCGUUUUAUUCUAACAAAACUAAGUUUCUUGUUUCUUCUCAUCCCGUAAGUUGUGUUUGUCUAACCCAUGCAAAUAAAUGUUUAUGAACAUUG